ACACAAACCCAAAAAGACUAGGAAAGUACUAUGAUUAGUACAAUUUAGUGUAGAGUAUAAUAUAAGUGGCUUCUUGUUUUUUUCUCCACAAAACUUGUCAUUAUCUGCCAUUCUCAAUUUGUCAUUAAAGCUGUUUCUUCUUCUUCUUAGUGAUCAUUUGUUCAAUACGUGGAAACAACCUCUUCGCAUAAAUCCAAAGGGAAGGCUGCAGAUAAUAUUUGAUCGCCCUUCUACCCUGGGGAGCAUUUCAUGUACAGAAUAUGCCUUUCUUUUUUUGGUACUAAAUAUUUUUAUAGCAUGUUUGGUCAAGUUUCUAAAAUCAACUUAUUUUGAAAAGUAUUUUUUUCAAAAGUGCUUGUUCAAAAAAGUAUUUUUGGUGAGAAGCAGUUUAUGUUUGGUUAAUUAAUUUGAAAAACACUUUUGAGGAGCAAUUACUGUUUAACCAAGCUCCUAAAAAGUCCUAAUUGUAUUUUCUCAAAGGUGCUUUUUACAGAAGGGCUUUAGGGGAGAAGCUAUUGUUUUCCGCUUCUCAAAAACAACUUCUGCUUCUACUCAAAAACACUUUUUCUUCUCCUAAAAGCUUGGCCAAACACCUCAACUUUUUUAAAAAAAAACCUUCGUUUUAAAGUAAAGCACUUUCGGCCUUGGAGAAGCUUGGCCAAAUAGACUAUUAGUCAACUUACAUUGAGUAUAAUCUUUUUCUUUUGCCUCUAAUCAUUGUUGGUCUGAUCUGUUUGUUGUUAAAAGCUGAAUCCCAUUAAAAUGGCCCGAAACCCCUUGGAGUGCUUUGAUAUUUUGUAUGACGUUCAACGUUUACGGAGAAAGAGUGCACACUGUGGGAAUAAGGAAGCAGGGUCUGAUAAUAGUGAUAUUUGGCGUUUCAAAAGGCAGAUAAGAAAAACGAAGAAUAUCGAUGAAGAUUAUGCACAGUUUUUGAUGCUUCUCCUUGACUAUGAUAAAGAGUCCAUAAAUGAAAGUGCAAAUGAAAGUAUCCCUAUUGUUAGAGAUGAGCUUAAUGACGACGUGGAUGAGGAUGGUAACGAGGACGAAGAUGAUGGGGAUGGUAAUGAGGACGAAGACGAUGAGGAUGAGGAUGAUCCAGAUUACAAGAAGUUUUUGGCUAAUGUUAAGCCAAAAGGGAACUCAUAUGUGCUUAAAGUUGAUAGAAGCGAUAGGUUUCCUGUAUUUGUAGAGUACGAGAAAGAAGAUAGAUCUGGAUCUGAUGAAGAGUGUGAAUGUUUAGGACAGGAAAAACAACAAGACGCUAGGGAUGAGAAAGAUUUAGAUAAAGUAGAAAGUCAUCCAUUUUCAAGAACUGUACUGGAAAAUGAUAAUGAUGUGAUAGUUGAGCCUUUGGGUCCUGUUACUCAGAAGGGAAAAGGGCUUACAAGCCAGAAUCCUGGGAGGCCUCGGAAGGGUGAGACAAAAAAUAGGUCAAAUAAGGAGCAGAAGACAGGGAAAGGGAGAAAAUCAGCUAAAAAAUUCAAUAACAAAGAAGAAGCAGCUGAUGUAGAUGAAGACUAUUCCUUACUUCUGGAGAAAUUUAUUUGUAAGAAUUGGCGCAUGACAAACUCAUUUAUUAGGCAAUAUAAUCUAAAAAGAAAGCCAUCAUUAAGGGCUCUCCUGGAAAGUGAUAGCGAUAUACCUCCAAAGAAAAAGAAGAAAAAGAGGCUUAGGAAGCAGAAAAGUAGCACGAAGGGAAAUGAUGCAUCCAAGAGGCAGGGAAAGGGUGAGAAAAGGAAGAGGUCAAGCAAAGAGCCGACGGCGCGGAAAGGGAGAAAAUCAUCAGCAGUUGUGGCUGUCAACGAAGAUGUAGCCAGAAUGACACCAGUAAAUGUUGCUGUCAAAGAAGAGAUAGCUGAUGUAGAUGAAGCCUCAUUUAAGGCUGCUGAAGAAGAUCUUCAAAUAAUUGUUGGUGAUAAUUAUACAUUUGGAAAGGAAGGAAGCUCUAAUCUCAUCGAAGCUUCUUCAGGAAAACACUGUGAAAAUGUUGAGGAUAGCUGCCCGCUUCAAACUGUGACUUCUGAUUUUUGGUGGAAUGUCAAGGCUCUUCUUGAGAAGCCUUAUGAUCAGAAGGAAUAUAUAGAACUGUGGAAACUUGUCAAAUGUAGAAAGCCUGUUCUAAAGAGUUCGGACUUACGUAAUGGGAAAUUUUGCUCAACGAGGCGGUUGGGCAAGUCAUAUUUGGAUCAUCAUAAAGACCUUGAUGAAAAACUUAAAGAAGUUGACAACGACAAGAUGAAAAAGCUAAACAUCUUGCGCGGCUUUUUCUUUUGGUUACAGAAUCUCACACAGAAAGGAGCUUUCAGGCCUUGGACCAAUCCGGAGUGGCUCUCAUUGUUGGAAAAUUCUACUGUUCCAAUGCUUACUUUCUCUGAUAAUCAAGCCGGGACAAUGUGGUGAAACAUGUUACUAAAGAACGCCAUGCCUAAGUCAAAAAUGAUACAAUCGAUCAUCCGUUUUGUUAUAAUUUUGUAAGAUAUUGAAGUCCAUGUAUCAUAAAUGGAAAUAAACCAAGUGGAUUAUCUUGCUAUGCAACGGAAUUUGGGUAAUAUUUCGAUC